AUGGCCUCUCUGUCUUGGACAGUGAUAGAGGAGAAGGGAGUGAAGAUGAAGCUCACAGUGAUUGACACGCCAGGAUUUGGAGACCAGAUAAACAAGAGAGAAAACUGUUGGGAGCCUGUAGUGAGUUAUGUUAAUGAGCAGUAUGAGAGGUACCUGAAAGAAGAGCUGUACGUCAACAGGAAGCCGAGGAUCCCUGACACACGCGUCCACUGCUGUGUCUACUUCCUGCCUGCCACCGGACACUGGUUACGUCCCAUAGACGUGGAGUUCAUGAAGAGGCUGGGGAAGAUAGUCAGCAUCGUACCGAUCAUCGCUAAGGCAGACACACUCACCAUGGAGGAGAGACAAGAGUUUAAACAGAGGAUAAGACAGGACCUGAAGGCCAAUGGGAUCCGAGUCUACCCUCAGACGGAGUACGACGAAGAUCCAGAGGACAGGAUACUCAACGACAAGAUCAGGGAAAACAUUCCGUUUGCGGUGGUGGGGACAGACAAGGAGCACCAGGUAAACGGGAACAAGGUCCUGGGCAGGAAAACCAAAUGGGGCAUCAUAGAGGUUGAAAACGUGGCACAUUGUGAGUUUACCAACUUGAGAGAUCUGCUGAUUAGGUCCCACCUGCAGGACCUGAAGGACGUGACCCACAACAUCCACUAUGAGACAUUCCGCGUCAGGAGGCUGAACGAGAGUAACCUGACCGUCCACGGUCUGGCCCUGUCCUGCUUUCCAAUGGAGAACGGGACCCACGGAACCAACGGAACCAAUGGAACCUCGGACAGGAGCGAAUCAGAGAGCCACCUCUGAGGGGGAUCACAGAGUGCGUCGCACACAGCAGCAGCUCCAGCUUCCUGCUCACAGCUUCCUGUUUCCUGUUUUGACUGCAAAAUGGUUGGUCGACUGUUUCCCCCAAUCGGAACACGAGAAAGAGAGCGAAAGAAAGAAAGAGGAACUUUUUUUUUUAACAAAGGAGAGAUGUUUUCGGUGGCCACCACACCUUGGAUUUUGAACAUUUUAUUGAGUUUUACUAAAGACAUUAUUGAUAAGAAAUGCAUUUAAACUUCAUAUAUGAAUAUAUUUUCUCAGAAUGAGUUUAUAUGUCCUGGAAGCAGGGUCACACAGGGCUGGAAGAGCAGAGAUACAUGGAGAGAGAAAAACAGGGGGAGAGUGAGGGAUGGAGACGGGGAGAGUGAG